GAGGUGAAGGUGACUCGCCUCCAUUGACGAGACGAGGAGAUGCGGAGACAGAGUCGUCAGCCAGCCUCGCUGCCCCCUCCAGUCUGAACGUCAGCCGAACGGUCGAGGAGGGAAGGAAAAUCAAAAGCGCAUGGUGCCGUCUAUCUUUGCUGGGAGAGAAAACACCAGUUUUUGGCGCAGAGCGAACAGUGUGGGCUAUACGUGACUCCGUGACGUUUUUUCCUCUCUAGGUGGGUUUUCAUCGUGGAUUCGUAUGCAUGUGUUCUGCACCGAACGGGCGAAAAAACCGCCCCAGAUCCGCCGCAAACAUAUUUCAGAUCGGGAAGGCUUCUCAGAGGGACCCGGAGAGGAGAGAGAGCACCGAGAGCGCUCGGAAAGCACAGCGAGCCGUGGACGACUGCAGGAUGACCGUGCAGGAGUUCAACACCCUCGUGGCGCUGUAUCGUGAGCAGGUCAUCUCCAUCGGGGAGAUUUCGGCGGACUGUCCCUCUUUGCGUGCCCAGAUGCAGAAGACGCGCGUCAAAGGAUGCAACGUGGCCCGCGCGGCUUACCAGAACCUCACUGUCAUUUCAGGCUCAGAGGAAGGAGAGAUCCAGCCAGAGAUUUGCCGGCUCUUCAUCCAGCUGCAGUGUUGCCUGGAGAUGUACAUCACAGAGAUGCUCAAGUCCAUGUGUCUUCUGGGGGUCCUACAGCUCCACCGCAGAGGCAAUGAGCCGUGCCCGGAGCCAAACGUGGACUGCAAGGUGGACGAGAGCUCCGAUAUUCCCAUCCUGGAAGAGCGAUCAUCCUCCCCCUUGGACUUCCCACAAGACCACUGGAUGGUGUGCACAGACAUUGAGAACAUUGAGAGAGAUAUAAGAGACAUGAGGAAUCUUCUGACCAAACUCAGGGACACCAUGCCUUUGCCAUUGAAAAAUCAAGAUGACAGCAGUCUGCUGAACCUCACUCCGUUCCCGCUCGUCAGGCAGAGGAAGAGGCGCUUCUCUGGGCUCUGCUGUCUUGUGUCUGGAUGAGGCCUAACUUUAAUAACUCCCACCCCCUCACCCCCAAACAUCCCUCCACACAACAGCCACCUAACCCUAACCCAACCCAGGGGUGCAUUUCUCGAAAGCGUAAUUGCUAACUACUGUAGCUACUUUGUUGGUUGUAGUGCAAUUUCCCAUUGGCAACU